CCCCCCUGUAAUACGCGAAUUAGUCGUCUCUAUCAAGAUAGAUUAGAUUAAUCGUGGAUUACCUAUAUUCCGCUGUAGUUCGGCCGGAGCGUAUGGGCCUUGAGGAGCGAUUCCAAACAAUAGUCUGCUAAAGACUAUGUUUGGGGAACUACCAGUGAAUAUAUAGUCUCAAUUUGGGCACCUUCGCUGUAAUGGUGAUUGGAAUAUAAGUACCACCGGACGGAGCUCUUAAAAGGAUGGCUCCGACGCCUCACUGCGUAGGGGGGGCAGUGUAGGACCUGGCCCGGGUGUAAACAGGGCGGCUCUUUGUGAAGAAGUGCGCCAAUAACUCCAAGGAACAAAUGUUGAGUGACUAAAUACUCUAGGCGGCUGCUGCCGAGAUCGACCCGGUAGGGCGGCUGCCAUUAUUAGGACUAGAGAGCUUGGAGGAUCAGCAAGAGACUCCGACUGCAAGGCGGCGCUGUGAACAACGCCUAGGUGUUGCCUCAGCUACCAAGCUGUAGUGUGGGCCUCAGAGGGGGGGCCGAUUGCGGAUCAGUCUCGUUCCCCAUUUUGUAAGUAGGAAAGACAAAGACGCCUGAAGGUGAAAACCAGCAAUGUAUCUAAACCUAACAUACACAUAGCGACAUUCGUGAAGGUGGCCGACUGUCUUAGUGUGCUUGAGGUCUUUUACUGUGAGCAUAGCCCCCGUAUGCGAGUUGCAAAGAUGAGAUAUGACAACGCAGAUCGAUCGCCAAAAUGUUGAAUGCUGAGGAACUAGCGGCAAGCACUGCCCUCGGCAACUGCGUGUGACCCGCAGCGCGGCUCUCUGAUGAAGUAUGUGCUCGCCUUACCUCUAUGUUGAGCCUUGGCGGCUCCCACUUGCUGAAAGCUGACCUUGGAGCCAAAUGGUCGGUAGCUGUGAGCCCCUCCGUACGUGUGACGUUUUAAGUUCAGGCGGUUCCAGAACCGGCGGCGCAACCUGAACUGACACACGGACAAGAGGGCGACCGCGGGCGGCGGGGCAGACUAUACGGGCACCUUGUGAGCAGUUUCGUCAGCUUUCUAUUGUUGUGAGCACAACCGAAGGAGGCAGACGGCCUAGUCUAUCCGCAGCAGAGUCACAUCGUCGGAAGCUGCGGGGCAGGGUGGUUUGGGUGAGUGGGUUGGUCUUGGAGAAAGACCGACCCACUCAGGAGGCGGGACAGGGAGGGAUGGGGACCCCAGCCACUUAAACUAGCUAGUUGGCUACCUAUCUUCAGUCACUUUCUUAUCUCCUAGUCCUACUAAUUCCAAAAAUUUUCCGUAGUGAGAGAAUGAGAGCGCAUUUUCCUUCCAUGCCAUGGGCUGGGGUUGCGUACGGUUUUCUCCUGACAAUCUAUCUUGGCCAUGCAUUUUGGUGGCCCAAUCUUUUGGAGCUUUCUAGCUCUCUAUGUCAUUUCAUUCAUGGCCAGCAUUUACAUUGGCACUGCUGGGUCUUUAGGGCUGCUCCCACGCAGCGCACCGCAUUACGUGGCAUUCUGGUCAAAAGGUCGGCCCUUGUGUCUGUAUCCUUCGUUUCAAUUUCAUCACGAUGACAUCAUCAACACUAUGUAAGUAAGAUUAUAGAGACGACCACGAUCCCGCACGUGUGGCUCUAUGUAUGCGGCUUCUACCUUUCCCUACGGUACCCCAGUAGACCUCUCUUACUGUAAGCAAACUCCGGAGCAAAAUUCACCCAAAAAAUCGCGAUUACGUUGCAGCAGGAAACUGAAAAACCGGAAAAACUGUCGUGCUUUUUCUUCAACAUCAGGAACAGAGAGCUGUAUGAGCGAUGGUUUGCUAACAUGGCCGGUGAUGUGGGUGAACAAGAUGGAAACCCGAAAAUUAUCCCAGCCAUUCAGGUGAAACGCGAUGGCAUUGAGGGUCUUGAACCUGAACCAAGCGUGAGGAGGACUGAAAGACAAUUAUCAACGUCAAGCAAGUAAUGAAAAUGAUUUAGCUGCGAGCUUUUUAUUCUUGUUUUUUUGGCUGUCUAUCUCCUGAGCAGCACAUUAACCUUUGCUGCUCUUAAUCUGCUCUGCGAAUUAGGCUUACCGGAAUUUCGACUGAUGAACAAUCUUCAACUUGUAUGGACCACCUCACGGAGUGGGAAUUUGUAUAGCUGAAAUAUGAGAAUGUGCCUCAAGGGUCAUUUUUCGACAAUAAUGGAACUACUACAUCACUCACAUGCAUUUGUUGACUGUGCCAGCCAUCCAAAUGGCACGCAUUGUUCCAUGAACAACGUACGAAAAUGUCACGAAACCAACUGUCUCUCUUGUAGUACAUUCAACUAAACAAGAAAGAGCAAACAUAAAACGAAUUUUGAUGCCGCCGACCCAUAUAAAUGGGAAGGUCGGGAGGCCACGGAUAGUUUAAACGAUGUCAGAUUGAUACAGAUUCUGAAGACUCAACGUGCUCAACUUAGCACUUACGCGUUUCAUGACCAUCUUCAGAGG